AUGGAGCAAUCAAUGGAAAGAAUGAGUUUCUCAUCCCCCAGUUCUGCAGGCUCUACCGGAUCGACCUACUCGUUCCCUGCUCACCCCUCUAUCUCCUACCCCGAUGUGAGCCACCAACAUCCUCCUCAGCAUCAUCAACAAUUUCAAUACCCACAGCAGCCACAUCAUUCAUACCAUCAUAGUCACCCUCGCCAGAUCCGGUAUGGUGGUCCCGGACAUAAUAACAGUGAGCAUGAGUUUGCUACCUAUACCAACAAGCCCUGGCAUCGACAUGAGGACCAGUUGUUGAACGAGGCGGUGAUAACAUGUGGGACAAAGUCAUGGCAGAGAGUGUCGGAAUAUGCGUUCCCGGACGGCUCACGCGACAGGAACGAAUGUAUGCAUCGGUGGCGGGUUAUCUCGUCCGCUCGGCCACGACAAGUCAAGGGACCCUGGACCGACGAGGAGGAUAGAAAGUUGAGUGAGCUUGUGAAGAAUCAUGGGCCCGAAAAGUGGGUAUUUAUUGCAUCCAAGAUCGGAUCGCGCACAGGCAAACAGUGCCGAGAGCGUUGGCACAACCAUCUCGAUCCCAACAUCAACAAGGCACCGUUCACACAUGAAGAGGACAUGCGCAUCCUGGAAUUGUACAGUCGGAUGGGUUCCAAGUGGGCCGAGAUGGCGAAGCAUAUGCCCGGCCGACCCGACAACGCGAUCAAGAACCAUUUCAACACCACGAUGCAGCGCAAGAAGCGGAGGAUGUCCAUGCCUUCGAUAAUGAUUCAGGAACAUCACUCCCAGCAGCAGUUGCAGAGUCCUCCUCUGUCUCGGCAGCGACUCUUUCUUCGCAACAGUAUCAGCGGACCGAGCAGUGGUAGUGGGUCAGGUCCGGCUUCGCCCCUUGCGUACCCUUCCGGUGGGAUGCAGUUGCCGGCGCGUUUCUUGCCCUACGAGAGGCGUCUUUCUCUGCCAGCCCAUAACGUCAUGGCCCCUCACCCUCCACCUCCAUCGACCACCUCCUACCCCUCCCCAUCAGGAGGAGGCACAGGUAUGGUGCGAUCCAGCAGUGCCCUCGCUCAUCAUCACCAUUCCCAUCAGCGCAUGCCCUUGUCGCCUCCAAGAACCCCCGACAUGCCACGUUCACGAGGUCCUUGGUCGUCCUCAGACUCUGAAGUGUCAACAUCGUCAUCUGGACACUUCAUGGCCCUCCCUGGAAUCUCUGGCCCCGCCCCCAUUGCUCCCCCUCCUCCAUCUACGAGGCCCGUGCCCCAACACCACCAGCAAGGCGCUAUGGGUCCACGGAGACCAUCCUUUUCCUACGCGAAUGUCCAAUCCUCCGCAAGCAUCAAGUCCAUCCAGACGAGCAAAAGCAGUGGCUCCACGGCUUCCCAAGCCGACGGACCUGUAGGUGGUUUCUUCCCAGGCCCACCACUGCCUCCUUCCUACGACCGUUCGCACAAAGAGUCUCACCAUGGCGAUGGCGGUGUGCAUCCUUUUCGAACCUCGCACUCUCCACCCCAUCAUCACCAUUAUGGCGGACCAUCAUCUCCACCACCAGUUGGACAGCCAGCUCUGUUGUUGGGGACGCCACUGAUAACUAGCAACGCGACGAAGCAGACGGCAAUAGUGAGCCACGGGAACGGCAAACCCUCGCUCUUGCAUCAUUGGUCGUGCUCGGCACUGGAUGAGAUGGCAAGACACGGUGACGAUAGUGGCAGUCGUCGAUCGAGUUGUACAGAUGAGGAGGGUUGUGAGAUGGAGGAUGAUGAGGAGUAUGAAGUUGACCAGGAGGAAGAGGAGGAAGAAGAGGAGGACGUAGAAGUGAGGUGGGAGAGGAGACGGAGCACCGCGAACAUGAUGUCGAUCCAGAACUUGGUCGGUCCCUAA